UCCUCCUGUUCUUUCUGUGUUUACGGACUCCCGCUUAGGGAGUGCGAGGAGCCUGUUGUCCCACCUGCUCUGCGAGCCGGACGAAUGCAGAGGAGGCCACGUGCAAAGCAGUUAAGCCUUCGCCGAGGUUGUCAGCAGACAGCAGCUGCCCACGCCCAGGCCGGUUUCACCCGCCCCGGAACGCUGGGCGCGGGCUCCCGUUCCCAGCCGGAGCGGAGGGAGCGCGGCGGCCCCCCAGCAUGGCGGCGGCGGCGGGCCUGGUGUUCCAGUUCCGCGACGCCCGCUGGCUGCCGGACCCGGUGCUGGGGCCCAGCCCGGCCGUGCGCACGCCGCAGCCCGUGCCGCUAGUGAUCGAUAACGGCUCGUUCCAGGCGCGGGCGGGCUGGGCCUGUCCGGACCCCGAGGUGCCCGGGGAGCCGCUGCUCCGAUUCCGCUCGCUAGCGGCCCGGAGCCGGGGGGCCCGGGGCGGGGCUGGCGCCGAGACCCAGGUGGGCAACGACCUGGGCAGCCCCGAGCCGCUGCGCUGGCUCCUCCGCUCGCCCUUCGACCGCAACGUGCCCGUGCAGCUGGAGCUGCAGGAGCUGCUGUUCGACCACGUCUUCCAGCGCCUGGGCGUCUCCUCGCAGGGUUGUGUUGACCAUCCAAUCGUUUUAACAGAAGCAGUGUGCAAUCCUCUGUAUUCGAGGCAAAUGAUGUCAGAGCUGCUGUUUGAAUGUUACCAGGUCCCAAAGGUUUCAUAUGGAGUGGACAGUAUGUACAGCUUCCACCACAACAGAAGGCAGGACUGGCCUUGCAACAGUCUGAUAGUGUCUUCAGGUUAUCAGUGCACGCACGUUUUGCCAGUCUUAGAGGGCAGAUUGGAUGCUAAAAACUGCAAACGUAUCAAUCUUGGUGGAUGCCAGGCAGCUGUGUAUCUUCAGCGCCUUCUGCAGCUGAAAUACCCUGGGCAUUUUGCUGCCAUCACUCUCAGCCGAAUGGAGGAAAUACUGCAUGAACACAGCUAUAUUGCAGAGGAUUAUCUAGAAGAGCUGCAGAAGUGGAGGUCGCCUGAGUACUAUGAGAGCAAUGUGCACAAGAUGCAGCUGCCCUUCUCCAGCAAACUCCUCGGUAGCACCCUGACAUCGGAGGAGAAGCAGGAGAGGCGGCAGCAGCAGCUACGUAGGCUCCAAGAGCUUAAUGCCCGCCGGCGGGAGGAGAAACUGCAGCUUGACCAAGAGAGGCUGGACAGAUUGCUCUAUGUGCAGGAACUGCUAGAAGAUGGUCAGAUGGAUCAGUUUCACAAAGCUUUGGUUGAACUGAACAUGGACUCUGCUGAGGAACUGCAGUCAUACAUCCACAAGCUGAGUCUGGCCAUUGAACAAACCAAACAGAAGAUCAUACAGGCAGAAGUCAGCAUUGAAGUGGAUGUUGUGGAUAGCAAACCAGAGACCCUGGACCUGGACCCUUUGAGCAGUGAACAGUCCCUGGAGGAUGUGGAAAGCAUUCAUGAGUUUGAGCCUUUGUUUGCUGAGGAACAGCCUGAAGUUGAAAAGCCAGUUACCACAGUGGAGCCCGUGUUUAACCUGGCAGAGUACCACCAGCUUUUUCUUGGUACGGAGAGAAUCAGGGUUCCAGAAAUUCUCUUCCAACCCUCUCUGAUAGGAGAAGAGCAGGCGGGCAUAGCAGAAACCAUGCAGUACGUCCUGGACAGGUAUCCAAAGGAGCAACAGGCUUUACUUGUCCAGAAUGUCUUCCUCACUGGUGGAAAUACAAUGUACCCUGGACUGAAAGCCAGAAUCCAGAAGGAGCUACUUGAAAUGAGGCCAUUCCAGUCUUCUUUUCAGGUUCACCUUGCUUCCAAUCCCAUUCUGGAUGCUUGGUAUGGAGCUAGGGAUUGGGCACUGGAAUAUGUGAACCAUGAAGAAGGCUGGAUAACCCGAAAAGAUUAUGAAGAAAAAGGGGGCGAAUACCUCAAGGAGCACUGUGCUUCAAAUGUCUGGGUCCCCAUUCGCCUUCCAAAGCAGGCUCCACGGACAACUGAAGCUCUAGCACCCACUAAAGUACUGGCGGCUAGUGUAGGCAAUCCUUGUGACCUGGCAUAGCAGAGAGAUUUUGACCACAUACCCAGGGUUAAAGUGACUGAAUGCCAAGCAAGGGAAUAGUUGCUACCCUGGACAGUAAACUCAUCAUGGACUGCAGGCUGGAGCCUAGCACAGAGCCUUUAGCACCUUGGGUAGCAAGUUUCUCUUGAACAAUCAGGAGGGGGAGCUGUUCUGUCUCUAGUGCAGCAGCUGGCCUUGUCAUAGCACUGUAACAUGGAAGCUUUCGGCAGCUCCCUAUCUGAUGUUGCCUGCCCAGAAUAUGGGACUAUGCAUCCAUUCGAUGAGGAAUCAAGCAAGAGGAUGAAUACAGAAGAUAAAUAUUUCAGAUGAAAAACACGAUCAACCUCUUGGAAUUUGAGUUCUAUUAUAGAUGUUUUAUAGAAUUUAUUCAAAUAAAAACAUUUUUUUACUUUU